GUCCAUACCAACUCUCGCUCCUUUGGUCGUCGUGCUGCGCCCUCGAUCAUGUCCGGUCCUCCGCAACAGGACCGCAACCAGGACGCCACAUGCUACGUCGGCAACCUGGACGAUCGCUGUACAUCGUCGCUCGUAUGGGAGCUGAUGCUCCAGGCUGGACCACUCGUCAAUGUUCACCUGCCGAAAGACCGCAUCACAUCGGCCCACCAAGGCUUCGCAUUCACGGAAUACCAGACAGAGGCAGAUGCCGAGUACGCUUGCAAGAUCAUGAAUGGUAUCAAGCUCUUUGGAAAGCCCAUUCGCGUGAAUAAGGCCAGCUCCGACAAGAAGCAGAUCGACAUCGGGGCCAAUCUCUUCGUUGGCAACUUGGACGGCAACGUGGACGAAAGGGUCCUGUACGAGACUUUCAGCGCAUUUGGCCACGUCGUUGGUCUCCCCAAGAUCGCAAGAGAUCCUGCAACAAAUGUCUCGAAGAGCUACGGCUUCGUCUCGUAUGACUCCUUCGAGGCGGCAGAUUCAGCAAUCGAAUCACUGAAUGGACAGUUCCUGCUCAAUCGUCCCAUCAAUGUCUCUUUUGCACUCAAGAAGGACGGCAAAGGAGGCGAAAGACAUGGUACGCCAGCCGAGAGACUGCUGGCUGCCCAGGCUCGGAAGAACAAUGCCAUGCCUGCAAGGGUCCCUCUCCCUCCGGGUCUCUUCGCCGGCCCUCCGCCAGGAAUGCCUGCCUUCGGAGCUAUGGCCCCUCCUCCCCCUCCUCCAGGUAUGCCCGCCAUGCCCAUCCGGCCGCAAGACGGCGGCUGGGGCCAAAGAUCUGGUAUGCCGCCUCCUCCACCUCCGCCUUCAGGUUUUACUCCAUAUUCGGGCCCCCCGCCUCCCCCACCGCCGACGAAUGGUAUGAUGAAUGGUGCAGGGAUGCCACCUCAGCCACCGCCUAUGCAAGGACACUACCAGGGUGGACCACCGCCACAGCAGUUCCAGCAACAUCAGCCUUACUACGGAGGACCGCCUCCGCCUCCGCCGCCUGGAGUGCCAGGAGGAUACCACUGAGCCUGUGGGCAAAGUGCGCAUCAUGCCGUGUGUCUUGGGAUAUCGCAUGCCGGAGCUUUCCAGCUUUGUCCAGCCUGGUGCGUCACCCAAUGUAAUUGUAUCUUCAUCAUCGCAGCCCAAUGAUUGUACAGUGGAUUUUGAUCGGUCUGACCAGAUGACUUCAAGGGUAUACUGUACAUUGCUUCAUUCGCCCAUUCACAGCGGCUUGACCCCCAGAAGUCCUCUAAAUCCCU